AUGCCCCCUUGGGGAAGACCACCAGGGGGACGACCGGCGGCGAAGAACGACAGGCAAUGGGGUGCUCAACGGUCGUGGGAGUAUGAGGAUCGUGUGGAGGAACUGGAUACUGACGACGACACUUCACAAGGUGUUGGGCUGGAUCACCGUUAUGGUCAGCCAAGAUUUGUUUCUGAUGAGCUUCGAUUUACUGGUAUUGAUUUGGGUGGCCGUGUUGUCCGCGGAAGGCGCUCGCGUGCUGAGUAUGACGACGAAUAUACUCCCUCUGAAGAUGACGAUGACGAUUACGGAGCCUCUACUGGCCUCAUCCGACGACCAGAUAUGCAACUAAGGUAUAGGGAGAAAGAAGACAUGCUUGUGGAGAGAGCUCUUGAGCGGAUUGCACGUGCCCGGGCUCUGGGUAAGCCCAACAUCAAAUUGAGUCAAGCUGAGAUUGAUGCUUUGGAACGAUUAGAGCGGAACCAGAACCCUCCACGUCCUUCUGCUGCACCGAAAGCGACUCCCAGAAGCAAGAAAGAAUCUCCGGUCAAACGCAAACCAGUUGAGGUCCGCAAGAAGCCUGGCAAAAUUAACAAGUCGGCCAGCAAUUCGCCAAAGGGAAAAGCGGUCGAUUCCCGAGGUCGUGGUAAAGGCUCCGUUUCAAACCUAUCCAAUCGUGAUGACUCAGUUGCUUCUUAUGCCUUGCCUCCAACAGAUCCAGAUUAUGGUCGGCGGGGCGCUUACCCACAAGGGUAUCACGUGCCUGGUUCACGUCGUGCUGAAUCCUCGCGACAAGGGUCUCGUCACAACUCUAGUCAAUCCCUGCGACAGCAGCAAUUGCCGCCAAUGGCUGUCUACCAGCAUCGAUAUCUUACUCAACGGUACUCCUCCACUCCAGACGCAGUCUAUAGCGCUCGGCCUAGCGCUAACUCAUCCCGCGCCUCCCGGCCUGAUCCAUCCGAAUCAGAUUGGGAGCCCCGUUCACGCUCGAGCUCGAGCCUUGUUAAUGUCCCCUUGGAUCAACUCCCUUAUCAGACCAGCACUGGAAGGGCGCCACGUUUUGAUCCUUCUGAUCCAAGAUUCGCCUCGCCCCAGCGACGUGUUGCCUCUGGCCCGCCAGCGAUGCAGCCAAAUCAGGCCGCCCGAUACCGCCGCCCGCAAGAUGAGCUCUUCUUGCCCGACGAACAACCCGAGGUGAUGAGGUACCUAGCCCCUUCUGACUCCGAGGAAGAUGACGACGAUGAAGGUAGCGAAUACGAUGAAGGCGUCCAAGCUGAUGUUGGCGAAACACCACGGGGAAAUUAUGCGAUACAAACGCGGAGUGCUCGUGCAACAAACUCUGCCCAAAAAACAGGAACCAUGGCCAGAACAGUGGCAGGAAAAGGCAAAAAGAGGAGAUAG